CAAAAACUCCAAACUGACGGGCUCGGCGGAGUUCGACAACAACCGUCUCCAACUGACUGUUUUGAUAUCAGUAUAUCACGAUAUACUGUGUAGGUAUACCACCAAAUACUACGAAAUUGUCCCCGUGGGCUCCUGCGAUGCUACCUAGCACCAACAAGAAGUACGACCCCUCACCUCAUGCACUUCAUCAAUCCCGUCAGGUCCCUUUUGCGCCGGGUUAUCUCCGCGUCGGCAAUGACGGCAAGCUCCAAGCUGCUGUUGCUCGACAUGGAUGUUCAAGUGCUUUUGUUGGUGGGCCAGUGAUUGUGCAACUAAUUCCUGCAUGGAAAGGCGCAAAUCGACUUCAACGCCCCCCUGUCAGUCAAGCUUAAUCUAAACCGACCACAUGCCCACGCUCUUCAUCCUUCUAUUUCUUGGCUCCCACCUUCAACUGAGCCGCAGGAGUCCAGCAUGAGACUUUGCAUGUUCCAUCUUCCCUCACCCCCAUUUAGACAAAAUGGAUGAAAAGGCCGCCCGCCAAAGCCGAGAGCAAUCGACAUCAGCGCCAGCCACGCUCGCCGCCGAACCGCCAUCCUCGGGCUCUAGUGCUUCCUCGGUGGCUCACAAGAGGGAAGCAACUUCUUCUCCAGUUGGAUUACCUCCUCAAAAAUCAUUCGACUCUGGAGAUGAUGGGCAAAGCCGCGCCAUCCAUCCCGAUAUCGACCAUGAAGAGGCAGAAGCAGCGGAUCCUGGCCAUGAGCUUGAUGUCGAACUUGGUAGAGCUCAUGGCAUAGAAGACAUCAGGCGCAUCGAAACUCGUGGCAGCGUCAAAAGCAAGGUUUCCCGAGUUUUGAGCGUCGUCAGCCGCCGCAAGGCCAAGGAGCGUGAACGAAUCCCCUUCGCCCCCGUACCCGUCACCAAUCUUGAUCAAGGCAUUGUUGGCUGGGAAGGUCAGGAUGACCCAUUGAUGCCGCUCAACUUUCCUAACCGCAAGAAAUACCUUAUCCUCUGCCUGCUCUCAGCCAUCACCCUGUUGACACCCUUCGCAUCGUCAAUUUUGGCCCCGGGUAUCACCUAUUUGAACCGAGAUUUUGAAAAUGACAACGAGAUUGUGGGCGCCAUGACAGUUAGCGUGUAUCUGCUUGGCUAUACCGUCGGCCCAUUGUUCCUGGCGCCGUUGAGUGAAAUAUAUGGGCGGCGGGUUGUUUUGAGUGCCGCAAACUGGUUCUUUUGCGCCUGGCAGAUUGGUUGCGCCUUGGCGCCGACGAUUGAGUCAUUAAUAGUGUUUCGAUUCCUCGCUGGCGUGGGUGGUGCUGGAUGCUUGACACUCGGGGCAGGCAUCAUUGCCGACAUGUUCAGGACAGAUGAAAGAGGAUUCGCAAUAGGCAUUGUAACCUUGGGGCCUUUGAUCGGCCCAACUGUUGGCCCCGUCAUUGGUGGCUUCGUAUCUCAAACUAUCGGGUGGCGCUGGGAUUUCUGGAUCGUGCUGAUCAUAUCCGUCGUUGUAUGCGGGCUUACAGAGCUCUUCAACCAGGAAACGAACCCUCGCGUUUUGAUUGAGCGGAAGGUGAAGCGGCUCGCCUCGGAGUCGGGCCGGAAAGAUCUGAGGAGCUGUUUUGAGACCGGAGAGCAGAUGAGCCAGAAGCGUAUUCUUCUCAAUGGUCUUGUGCGGCCGACCAAGAUGCUCUUCCUGUCACCGCUCGUCUUUUUCGUCUCCAUUUACAUCGCCUUCACCUAUGGUACGCUGUAUUUGCUCUUCACCACUAUUCCCCUCGUGUUCCAGGAGACUUAUGGCUGGAGCAUCGGCAUAACGGGCCUCAUCUACAUUUGUCUGGGCAUUGGAAACAUGUGCGGGUGGGCGGUGGUCACGGCCACCUCAGACAAGGGUGUUCACGUUGCUGCCCAUCACCUUCUUCUGGUACGGCUGGACGACACACUAUCACACGCACUGGAUCGUGCCAGUUAUUGCCCUGUUCCCUUUUUCGUUUGGAAUCAUUGGAAUCUUCAUCCCUCUGACGACAUACCUCAUCGACUGUUAUCCAAUAUACGCUGCAUCAGCUAUAGCAGCCAACACGGUCGCCCGCAGCUUGGCCGGGAUGUUGCUUCCACUUGCCGGGCCAUCCAUGUACGAGAAUCUUGGAUUGGGUUGGGGCAAUUCAUUACUUGGGUUCAUCUGUAUUCUCAUGAUUCCCGUACCGCUAUUGCUCGGCAGGUAUGGGGCAAGGUUGAGAAAGAUGGGCCUCCAGUUGUAGACCAGGAAUUUUGGGUAUCGAUAUCACUUCGGGCACGGUUCCGCCAAGUUGGCAGAUGGCUUCAGCGGUAUUGGGUUGCCCUGUUAUACAUGCCCGUGUUGCAUCUCGAGGAGUUUAGGUUACCGGUAGGUUGUUGACAUGGCGAGAUUUUGUUUUUCUUUUUUGAAUUGUAGCUAGCUAGGUAGACAUUUGACUUUGAAGGUAUAAAGUUUGUUGGGCCAUCUCUCUCAAAUUUUCAUGUCAACAUAUCAUGGGGCCCCG